AUGUCUCAACAAUCUUGUUGUGUGCCCAGCUGUACAGUUACACUUGGAGAUGAUGUCCCUCUGCAUAGAUUUCCUAACCCAAGUAAUCCAAAAGAAAUUGAAAGAUUUCGUACUUGGAUUAUAAAGAUUGGAGGUGAAAUAGUUGGUAGAGAUGACCUGUACAUUUAUGACAACAGAAGGAUAUGUCAUAACCAUUUUGAGGAGGUUUUCAUAUACCCUACUACAAGGAGGCUGUCUAAAUUAGCAGUUCCCUCUCUGAAUUUAUCAGGUGUGUACAAACAACUUCCUGAAAGGUUACAUCAUAGAUUAAAUGAACAACAACCUUUGUCACUACAAAUGGAUUUUAACAUUCGGAGCAAUAUUCCAUCACAAGAUAGUAAGUAA